CCCCACCGCAGCCGAGAACGCUGCUUGUGACUAACCACUAACCUUCGCAGGGACAGGAACGACAUUGUUACGGCAACAGCUCGGCAAAGAGGAGCCGCCAGGGAAUUCGCACCAGGCAGGGGCGCAUGGAAUUGUCAACACGCCGCACGCACCCCAGGUGAAGCCAGAGAAGGCAGGACCGACCCGCGUCACCUCACGCCGCUGGACUACUACCUGCCCCGGGCGCGCCGACAGUGAAGCCGCCACACCAACCCCCGAGGACCAUCCCUUCCACGCCCGCCCCGCCGAGCCACCACCGCGCGUCUUCUCCUGGGCUCCGCAGACGACCCGGGGCGCAAACACCUCGCCGCCGCCAUGGCCUCCUACGCCAUGCCGUCUUCGCCCCCCAGCGCGGGGUGGAGCAGUGUGCAGGAAGAGCUGGCGUACUACAAGUCCCAGUACGAGUGGGUAGAGGGCGAGUUGCGCGAGUUUCAGGAGUCGAGCAAGGAGCUGGAGCAGGAACUCGAGCGCGACGUCGAGGAGAGCGAGAAGCGCGAGCGCAAGUUGCAGGAGAAGGUCGAGCGACUGGGGUUCGAGGUCGAGGAGUGGAAGGCUAAAUACAAGCAAAGCAAGACCGAGGCGAACAAUGCGCAGAACACGCUGCAGAAGGAGAUCACGAGCCUGCGCGAUGUGCAGCGCACCCUCCAGCGCACCCUGCGCGACAUCGAGGUCCAGAGCGACGACUUCGAGCGCCAGGCGCGCAACCAGACGUCUUCGCUGGAGGACGUCGAGUCCAAGUAUAAUGUGUCCAUCGAGCGCGGCGUUCUGCUGGAGGAGGAAGUCAAGAUCGGCGAGCAGGAGCGCGAGGCGCUGCGCAUAGAGACCCAGCGACUGCGUGACGAGUUCUCAGAUCUGCGCAUCGAGGCGGACAUUGUGCAGGAGAAGCUGCGCCUGGCCGAGGCAACCAUCGAGAGGCACCACCAGCGCAAAGUGUCCAGCCAUAUCGCUGGCGACUCUCUGCGACCACGCUCACCCAUUUCGGAAGCCUCGACCACCACAACAACCCGAUCCUCGCGCACAGCUGCCUCGACCCCACCCCGCUCCAAGUCAGAUGCUCUGCGUUCAGACUCCACGCCGCCAUCCCCUCCCUUGUCCGAUGUCUCUCUGUCUGCGAAACCUGUGCCCGUAACGCCCAUACUCACACGGAAAAGCUCUCUUGCACUCAGCUCAGGCACUGCACCCCGAGUUUGGCCGUACAAUUCGAAACCGCGACACACGCGAAAGCCUAGCGUCCCAAUGGCGUCUAGGCAGAGCAUUGGAGCCAGCGGCCGCAGUACGCCAUCCAUCAAGACGACUGCACCCAGAUCGACCACGCCCAAGGCGACUGCACCCUCGCAGAGGCCCCCCAGGACCAGCAUUGGUAGUAGCAGGGCUAGUGUGAGCAGUAGCACGGCUGCCCCACCAGCGGGGAUGCCCAGGUCCGGCUCCCUCUAUCAAAUUCGAGGGCUGAUUGGCAAGAUGCAGAAGCUGGAGGAACGGGUGUACUCUGCGCGGUCCAAGCUGCCUGCUCCACCCAACUCCCCACCGCAAGCGAGCCCACGGACUGCAAGUGCACUUGGCCAUCGCGGGGCGAGCAACAUCACUUUGAGAAGCACCAGAAAACGGCCAUCACAGGCUUCAGCAACCUCCUCGACCAACGACGCCAGCGAUUCCGGUGUGAGCCGACUCUCAUUCGGUACACCGUCAACGACGCGCGAGUCAGGACAGAGCAGGCCUAGCAGUAGAGCAUCCCUGUCGUCUUCAGGGAUGCAGCGACCACCAAGCAGGAGCGGCACACGAACGAUGAUGGGCCACUACUCCUCAGCGUCGAUGAGUGGAAUGGACGUGCGGUACACACGACCGCGGAGUUCUAUGAGCGGACAGUCGAUCGGAUACAACCAUUCCCAUUCGCGAUCAAUGUCCUACCGAGACAGCGAGACAGAUACGCGAAGUGACGGAAGCAGCGUCGUGACCCCAGUGGGCCGGCGAUCAACGAUGGAGAAGUCGGGCAUUCCCACACCCACUGGGCUGCCGAGGCGACAGAGCGCAGCACGGAGACCGAGCCAUGGCAUUGACGGUGACAUGGGGCCUCCAGCUCGGCCACGCAAGAUGUCGACGUACAACGAGGAGGAUCUGGAGACUUACUGAGGCGGUGGUGUGUGUAGGUUGAAGGGCGUUUUGUCUUUGUGGGGUGCAUGGUUUUGCGGGCGCUAUACCUCGUGGCUUUUUGCAUGCGUUUUGGAGUUCUGCGGCGCUAUGCAAGUGCGCUGGUCAGGGUUCAAGCGAAGCGGAGUGUCUGGUUGGGUCGGCGAUGUUACAUGGCAUCUUGCUUCUGGAUUAUUGCGCAUACAGCGGAGAGAGAAGAACAGGGACGGAGCUUAGGGACUGGCCUAUGUCAGUCGGUUUACAUAUCACUCGAAUACCAUUUCUUUUGUCGAAUAUCUAGCCUUUCAAGAAUCAAUCAUGC